AUGGCGACCCAGAUACCUGUGGACCCGGCCUUGAAUUCGGCCAACACUCUGAGGCUGGAGAAUACUCAUAAUCGAGACGUCUUGAUUGCGAUUGAGAAGAAAUACCAAAAGGAAUGGCAGAAGAACAAAGUUUUCGAGUCAGAUGCGCCUACAACCACGGAGAUCCCAUUUGGCUCUGUCCCAGCUGCAGACAUCCGAAAGAAAUACCCAAAGUUCUUUGGCACUUUCGCUUACCCUUACAUGAACGGCACAUUGCACGCGGGACAUAGUUUUACAGUCAGUAAGGUCGAGUUCACAGCCGGAUUUGAGCGCUUGACUGGAAAGAGGGUCCUCUUCCCUCUAGGGUUUCAUUGUACGGGAAUGCCGAUUAAAGCCUGCGCAGACAAGCUCGUCGAAGAUGUGAAAAGGUUUGGGCAAAACUUUGAAAACUACCACGAAGAGGAGGAAGACAUCCCACCCGAGUCCAACGGGGCUCCCGUUGCACCCACACAAGGUAUCAAUGUGAGGGACGAUGUCACCAAGUUCAAGAGCAAGAAGGGGAAACAGGCGGCAAAAACAAUCAAAACCCAUUAUCAGUUCCAGACGAUGCUGGCUAUGGGAAUACCGAAAGAAGAAAUCCAUAAGUUUGCAGACGCAAAUUACUGGCUGGAGUACUUCCCGCCUCUUUGCGAACAAGAUUUGAACGACUUUGGGGCGAGGAUAGACUGGAGGAGGAAAUUCGUCACUACCGACGCAAAUCCAUACUACGACGCUUUUGUCAGAUGGCAAAUGAACCGUCUGCAUGAGUUGAACAAGAUUCUGUAUGGAAAGAGGUAUACCAUCUACAGCCCGAAAGAUGGCCAGCCUUGCAUGGAUCAUGACAGGACAAAAGGCGAAGGUGUUGGUCCUACAGAAUACACGGCCUUGAAGUUGAGAGUCAAGGAGUGGUCACCGGAGGCGGCAAGGGAGGUCGAGUCGAAGAUCCCAAAGGACGCGAAUGUCUAUUUCGUGCCGGCGACUUUGAGACCGGAAACUAUGUACGGCCAAACGUGCUGUUUCGUCGGGCCCAAGAUCAAGUAUGGCAUUUUCAAGGUGUCUGAGAAGGAAUAUUACGUGGUCACCAAGAGAGCAGCGUGGAAUAUGGCGUUCCAGGGUAUCUUCUUCGACGAAGCCCAUUUCCCCCGAGACCAAGAAGAGUUACAGCCUGUUGUGGAGCUGCCUGGCUCUGUGUUUGUCGGUACUUUGGUCAAUGCUCCAUUGUCGGCACACCCCCAUGGCGUUCGAAUAUUGCCCAUGGAGACGGUUUCCGCAACAAAAGGCACAGGUGUCGUUACCUCUGUUCCCUCAGACAGCCCGGACGAUUUCGCCACUGUGCGUGACUUGGCCAAAAAGGCGGAGUUCUAUGGCAUCAAGAAAGAAUGGGCGGAGCCCGAGAUCAUUCCCAUCAUUGAUACACCGGCAUAUGGCAACCUUGCAGCGAAGCAUCUGGUCGAGGCAAUGAAGAUCCAGUCCCCCAAAGAUGCGGCUUUGCUCGCAGAGGCCAAAGAUUUGGUGUACAAGGAGGGCUUCUAUAAUGGCACAAUGUUGGUUGGGGAGUUCAAAGGGGAAAAAGUGUCUGACGCCAAAGAAAAAGUCCGGAAUUCUCUGAUCAAAUCGGGCGAGGCAUUCCCCUUCGCUGACCCGUCUGCCGAAGUCAUCAGUCGAAGCGCUGAUGAAUGCGUGGUUGCUUACGUCCCUCAAUGGUUCUUGAACUACGGAGAGAACGACAAGGAGUGGCAAGGGAGAGUUCUGGACUACGUCAAGGACAAGGACGGUCUUGAAACAUACACGCACGAAACAGAAAAUCAAUUCGUGGCGAACUUGGAAUGGCUGAAUCAGUGGGCAUGUGCGAGAACAUAUGGUCUUGGAUCCAAAUUGCCUUGGGAUCCCACCUUCUUGGUGGAGAGCUUGAGCGACAGCACCAUCUACAUGUCAUACUACACUAUCGCGCAUUUCCUGCAUGGCGACAAAUUUGGCGUGACGCCCGGCUUGCUCCCCAUCAAGCCAGAGCAGAUGAUUGAUGAUGUCUGGGACUACAUCUUCACGCGAACCAACGAUGUCGAGAGCGUUUCCAAAUCUUCAGAGAUCUCAGUUGAAGACCUGCAAACUCUGAGACGAUCCUUUGAAUACUGGUAUCCGCUUGACAUGAGAUCUUCCGGAAAAGAUCUCAUCCCGAACCAUCUCACUUUCUUCCUCUAUGUCCAUCUAGCACUCUUCCCUCGCGAAUACUGGCCAAGGUCGGUCCGAUCGAAUGGGCAUUUAUUGCUCAACGGUGACAAGAUGAGCAAAUCCACUGGAAACUUCCUGACCUUGAGCCAAGCAGUGAAGAAAUUUGGCGCUGACGCUACACGGAUAGCCCUCGCUGACGCAGGUGAUGGUAUGGAAGACGCGAACUUUGAAGAGAAGGGUGCCAACGCUGCAAUUAUGCGUAUGUACACCCUAAAAGAAUGGAUCGAGGAUACCCUGAAGGACAGUGGUUUGCGGAACACACAGGGCGAAGUCAUUUGGGACAAGCUGUUCGAAGAUGAGAUGGAUCUCUUGGUACAUGAAGCUUAUCAACAUUACUCUGACACCAACUUUAAGCUCGCUUUAAAGUCUGCCCUAUACGACUUCCAAUCCGCACGCGACUUCUACCGAGAAGCCUGCCUCUCCAGCGGCACGCCCAUGUCCCGACCCUUGAUACUCCGAUAUGUGGAAUUGCAAUCCCUCCUCAUCGCCACCAUCGCUCCCCACUGGGCCGAAUACAUAUGGUUGGAGGUCCUUCACAAAGAUUCGUCGAUCCAAUUGGCUCGCUGGCCCGAAGUCCCCGUCCCCGACCCGUCCCUCACCGCGGUGCGUGAAUAUGUCAAAACAACAUCGAGCAACAUCACCUCCGCCGAGGCGCAGGCCGCGAAGAAAAUGGCCAAGGGCAAAACCGCAGCCUUUGACCCACGCAAACCCAAGCGCAUCACCAUCUUCGUCGCCUCGAACUUUCCGGCGUGGCAGGACAAAUAUGUCGAACUGGUCCGUGAGAUGCUAGCGGCAUCGACGCUUAACGACGACAAAGCGCUGAACGGCCAGGUCGCCAAGCUGAGCAAGGGCCCGGAGAUGAAGAAGGCCAUGCCGUUCGUGCAGGCGCUGAAGAAACGGUUGACCUUUGGCAAAGAGUCUCCCGAGGCCGUCUUCAAUCGUAAACUGCCCUUCGAUGAAGUGAGCGUGUUGCAUGAUAUGAAGAAGGGUCUCAUGAAGACUACCGGCUGCAAGGAUGUUGUCAUUGUCAGUGUUGGCGAGGAUAAGUCUGGAUUGCCGCCCAUGGCUGAGCAUGCAGUGCCAGGCUCGCCGAGUUUCUUGUUCGAGAAUAUCGAGGCGUGA